CCACCCAAAUAUCAACUCCACGAUUUUGUGUAGAACUUUAACUUGAGGUUUUGGCUGUUUUGAUGAGGUUAAUGCAAAAAUUCCAGUUAUGGGUUUAGGUAUCUCUCUCUUAGUAGUGCUGUGAAUUGUGAAUACAUAUUGUCAUGUCCUAUUACUACAGUUAGUGUGUGGUGAGUUUAGUUAAGUAGUCGGGUGUAUAUCUCAAAGUUAUAAAAUGCCUAGCAAAAAGAAGAAAUACAAUGCCAGAUUUCCCGCUGGAAGAAUCAAGAAAAUAAUGCAGACCGAUGAGGAGGUUGGAAAAGUUGCUCAGGCUGUUCCAGUUAUUAUUUCUCGUACCCUGGAGCUGUUUGUAGGCUCACUGCUGACCAAGGCCAUGCAGAUCACCAGUGCCAAGAAUGCCAAGACACUCAGCCCUUCACAUAUGAAGCAGUGUAUAUUGUCGGAGCAGCGAUUCGACUUUCUGAAAGAUCUAGUGAAGACAGUCCAAGAUUCGUCUAAUGGAGAAGACGAAUUGACGGCUGGUCCUGGCCUUGUUCCUUACAUCCCAGAGAGGAGAAGAAGUACUGGUGGCAGCAGCACUAUAAAGCAAGAAACGAUAGUAAAGGAUGAAUUAGUCAUUGAUGACAACGAAACGAUAGAACCUCACAGUGCUGUAGCCAACUGUUCCACGCUUCACCUUGCACCGAACUUUUACUCGGAAACAACCCCCGAACAGAGGAUUGGUAUCCACCAGCCUCCUGUAACUCCUGGGUAUCAACCCCCUACGGGCCACGGAUACCUCCCUCCUACAGUCCCUGUCUAUAAACCACCUUCUCAUUCGUAUCCUGAGCCAUCCAGUGUGGCACACUCACCAGUUCUUGUCAUGGACGAAGACUACGAUACGUAGGGACAUUAAGAUUGUGAUCCAAACAUUGUCAGAGAAGACAGAUUUCAAAUCAUUCAAUGACGAGUAAGAUGGAUUUCUUUGAAGAAAUUUUGUAUAGUGCAUCCUUUGUUAUUUUUAUUUACAGUACCUAAAUUUUAAGUUUCAAAAUGUAGACAACCUUGGUUUUGUGUAUGUGAUGAGUUUUAUAACAGAUUUCACUUACUUGUACAAUUUAUUUUAUUAGUUAAUUAUUAUAACUGUAAAUGAUUAUUUAUUUGAAAUAGAAUUUUGAAUUACUGAUUUCUACAGUUUAAAUGUGUUCUACUAAAAAAAUAGAUCAGUAAAUCUUGUAUUCUGAAAUAUUAAGAUAAAUUUACAGGAGUUCAAAUUUGAUUUUUGAAACCUUUUUUCCUACAGGAACAAAGCCCCAGAUGACAGAUAAUCUUGUUGAUUUCAGCACCACAUUUACUGUAUUGUCAAACCAUUACCUCAAGCUCAGAGUUGAGUGUUAAGUAACAGUAUCUGACUAUUUAAAAUUGGGAAUAUUAAAGUGAAAACCCAUGGUAAUGUAAUUUGUCAAGAGCAUAGCAUUUACUGUAUUGUAAGAUCAUCUGGAGUCCAGAUGGUUUCAUUUUCUAAAAUUAAAAUAAAUUGCAUAAAAGUUAAAUAAAAAUCUUCAUCUCAAAUUUUAUUAAACUUUUUACACUGGAAAUUAUGUAAAAAUCAUCCUUAUAAACAAGUUAUUGUUCUAUUCCACUGCUCAAUUAAUCGAGGACCACUAAAUUGUCCUGUCCAGGUUUUUAAUAAGACGAUGGCUGUUGCCUUUCUAUUCUUGGAAUAUAUCUUGCUCAUUCAAAAAAAUUGUUGUAAAUAUUUACCUUUUAAUGAAAUAAGACUUAACAGUGUUUUCUUUGCCAUUUCAUUGAACUUAAUUUUAGAAUUUUUUAAAUCAUUGUAUACAAUUUUCCAUUCUGAAUAAAUUUUUGGAAUGAUAUGUGAUCUUUAGUUAUUUUAUAUUGUGAUUUGUACUUAUGCUGUUGUGAGGAAAAAUGAUUCAAAAUCAAGAAUCUGCUAAAGGUUUUUAGUAGUCCAUGUAAUUAUUGCUAUGUAGACAGCAUUGUCACUGAUCAUUCAGAGCUGUCCCACCUAUAAACCUGCAUUAAUGAGUGACAAACUUAAUGCCCUUGUGAGGUGAAUGUGUGAUCAAUUUCUUAUUGAUAUUAUAUUUUAGUAUAACUGUUGGGAAUGAUCAUUGUUAAUUGUGUACUAGAGCGUGUAUGUAAGUUUUAAAAUCCAGUUUGUAUUGUAUUUUAAAUUUAAGAUUGUAAAGGCAAAUGUUUCAUGUAAAGAAAUCUAGCAGUUUCUUAUUUUAAGUUGUGAUAGUAUGUUAAGAUUAUGUUAUUGAUUUCACUUUGUUUUGGUGGAAUUAAAAAAGUUCUUGAGUUUCUGAGUCCCAGGCAACAAUCUAGUGUUUAUAAUAGGAGAACCACUUGUAAAAGAUUGUCACUUGAGCUCUAGAGUGAAAAUUGUUUUAGAUGUCCAUUUGAUUGUGUUGUGUGAAUGUAUAAACUAUAAUUUUGGAUUUCAGACCUCUUGUAAUGUUAAGUCAUCUUUUUAUUUUUAUGGGUUGUUUUUAUUUUUAAAUUAGUAAUUAACAUUGUUGUUUCUGUUUUCUAAGGACAAAAAGCGGACACACCUCUCAUUACACUAAGUCCUAAAAGGAUCUUUGCUUUGUUUCCGAAGUGACAAGAUACUCAGGAUGGCCAAGGGUGCGCUUCCUGUCGAGAUCCAUGAAGAAGGAUUGAGGCAUUACAUUUCAGUCAUGUAAGAAGGGGAGGCUGUACCAGUAAAAGCAGGGAAAGAUAGCAAUGCCCUUAUGUCUAAGCUAGGAACUGUCUUUAACACUUAGGGAGCCCCGCAAACUCAAACAGUAAUCCUUCACAGUAGACUAGACUUAUCAACUACCCUUGGACCCCAAUAUCACAACUUUUGCAAUUAGUAACAUGCCAAUGCUGGGGAUUGUUAUGGUUGCCCAGAUUUAAAAGACACAUCGGUUUUGCUGUACCCAGUGUAGGUUUAACUGGAAGGUAUAAACCAACCAGAAGUGAACCCUCCUGGGAUAACUAACACGUUAGCUAACAUAAGAAUAUUUUUACUAUUUUCUUAAUUGCCUUGUUGGUUGGUUGUGUGACCGGUAUCGUAUAUCCCAUUUAGGAUUUAUACCCAUAACUGACCAACAACUGUAAAAUUUUAGAUUACAUACUGUCUGAAAUGCUAUGACCAGAGAACGUUGUGAUGUAAUACUGACAAUCUGUCAUGUUGUUACCAGUACACAAAUUACUUUUUCUCACUAAACCAGUUAUCUGAAAUAAUUGAACUUGUCAAUAUUGUGUCGGGCUGAAACAACCAGCAGCAUUUAGGUCAGUUGGUGUCAAAGUCUUGCAUAGAAGUCCAUUACUAACGCUAGCCUCAGUAGACAAAGUGGUUGUGUAGUAGGAUGGUAGAAGACUGGUGUUGUUAUUUGGUGAGGUGUGUCACCUAAUGCCAGUUUUUAAGACAAAAUAUUCAUGGCAGAAUGUAAGACAAAUGAUGGUCAGAUUUGGUCGGCAGUUUUGUUUGCAGUAUAAAAUUAUAAAGCAAUAGAAGUUGUGCUAGAUUAGCUUACCAAUCAAACAAUAGUUUUUUGCUUGCACAUUCAUCGAGAAUGUGUUAUGUAGUCAAAGUAUACAAACUAAUGCUGUAAGAUCUUAAAAAUUCAAUAUGUAAUCACUAUCAGGUCUAAAAUUGUAAUAAAAAGUGUUAAAAGAUCUCUAUUUACAUGUAUAUGUGCAGUAUAUCAAUGUUAACUUUAUAAAUAAUAUUAACAAAGUUGUGUUUAAAAGUGAAAAAGAAUCGAAUAAGUCAAAUGUUAAAAUAAUAACUGGAAUGAUUGGUUGAGUCUACUUACAAGUUCAUCUAUGUUAGCUCAAUUAUAUAGCUUUUUCUUAAAGGUUUUCAUAGCCUUUUAAGAUUUUGUGGAAGCAAGUUUCAAAAUUUUGCAAUACUGACUUGCGGUUUAAUGACUAUACAUUAUAACCAAUUUCAAUGCAGUUAGAAAAACAAAUUGCUUGUGUUUAACCCUCUCCUGUGGAACUAAUAGUCACAUUCCUUUCGGUGGCAGAGUGUUUUAAGUACCUCUGACUUUACCUUAUGUUUAUUUUAUUAUCAUAUGUAUAAUAUAAAAUAAUUAUAUUAGAUACCAUUUUAUUCAUGAAUGUUCAUGGAAUAUUUUCCUUAUAAUUAUUUAAGUAUUUCAAGUGUAGUCACCACUAAAAAAAAUUAUAUAUAAAAUUCAAAGUUUUUGAUUCAAACAAAAUUAUAAUUGGUGAUAUGAAGAACUAAAUAAAGGAAAAUCUUUUACCGGUUGCGUGGUUAAGUGUAGUGCUGCCCUUGACCAUGUUUUUAUGCCUAAGGAAUCUUUUUGGAAUACAUGAAAUGUUUUAUCAAUCUAUUCAUUAACAGAGAUUUAGUCAUUUUUGAUCACAAUUGCCUCCAACUUGUGCUGUUAUCAUGCCAAAUAUUUAAACUAUUUUUAACUUUCUGUAACUACCAUUUUACUGACAUCUUUUUAUUAUGUUUCAGAGUUUUUUGUUAGUUUAUUCGUUCUUUACUACUAAGAUGGCACAGGUUCAAUUCAGCGUUUGCAUGAUAUUGAAUAAGCUUAAACAUUUUUCAAUACUAUCAUAUUAUAGAAACUUUAAAUAAUCGUUGCAACAAUUUAUAAUAUGUAACAGUUUUGUUAAAAUAAUUGUUAAACUAAUAAUAAUGUGAAAAUAUUCUUCGUAGCAAGUAAUUUAAUCAAUUCAGCCCGGUAGCGCCAGAAGUGCAUCACGGUAAUCCAACCUGGAGAGGGUUAACAUAGAGUAAACAUUACGUAAGUACUUCUACAAAUCUGACAAUUUAUACAGAUGGGAGGGUCAGAUAGGAAAGACAAUUUAGAGUUAAUUUUCUGUCAGCCAGAUCUAACUUUCAUGAAAGCUACGGGUAAAGUGUCAAAAGAAGAUAAAAAAAAAUAAUCUCAGUAACAUUAAUUUUCAGGAAACAUUGGACAAUUUUAUUCAUAUUUUGUGAUAAGCUAUCAAUGGUGAUUGAAAUGAUUAUUGGGAUUUUUAGAAUGUAUGUGAAAAUAGUUUUUAGUUUUUCAAGUUUUAUUAAACUUUAAAUGUUUCAAUAUAUUUGAGACUAUUUACUAAGGAGUACAACUUUUUUUACAAAAAAGUACAAUAUAAUUGUGUUUUAUAAAUAAUAUUUAUUUAUAAGAUUGUGUGUGUGUGUGUGUGUGCACGAUUUUAGGUGUUACUGAACAAAUACAAUUAGCAAUAAAUGUACCUUAAUGAAAAUAUUUAAAUAGGAGUUGUAUAUAGCAAAAGACAGUUGGAGAUAAUUUAUGUAGAAAUAAAUACACCUUAACUUAA